UGCGUGCGUUUGUGUGUGUGUGUGUGUGUGUGUGUGUGUGUGUGUGUGUGUGUGUGUGUGUGUGUGUGUGUGUGUGUGUGUGUGUGUGUGUGUGUGUGUGUGUGUGUGUGUGUGUGUGUGUGUGUGUGUGUGUGUGUGUGUGUGUGUGUGUGUGUGUGUGUGUGUGUGUGUGUGUGUGUGUGAGUUUGUAAAACCUACCAACCGGGGAAAAUCGUAUGAAUACACACCAACAAACCGGGGAACACCUACCAACCGGGGAAUUCCCCGGUUGGUUUUAGGCGAAAAUCUCUAAUCUACGUGAAUGAAAUACCAAACUGUCAAUUUAAAUUAGAAAUCCAACGCCUUCCCCGAUUAGCGGGUUUGUGGCAUGCACAAAAUAUACACAAAUCUUCACCAUAUUACAAUCGAGUGUGUAUCCAGGCUUAUAACAGUUCCCCGGUUGCGCUGUUUAAAAAUCAUACACUCGGUAUUUAUAUCAUUUAGUGAAAGUCAGUUGGAAAAAUGGAGUUUCGAGCGAACAAACGCAUUAAACUAAGGCAACACAAUGACUACUAGAUCUACGGACAGCCAGGAACCAGGACAAACAACAUCCGUACACACGGAAGAUGUCGAUGAGACGAGUACCGAAACUAAAGAACAUAGCGACACUGCACACGAGUACAAUUCACAAGAUGCAGCAGAAAAUAUGUUGAACAGUGAAUCAUCGGAUAUCGAUGAUAGUGACAAUGACAAAGACUAUAUUCCGGAAGAAGGCGAUGCAUCGUCAGAUGAGUCCAUAGUUGUCGAACUCAUACCAAACAUUCAAAGAUUUCAAAAGAAGACAGCGUCAACACUACCUCCUGUUGAAUCCUUGCAAUCUCGUGAACGUGACGAAUCAUCCGCAGAGGCACACAAAACCAACAUCACCAUCGCUCAAACAAAUAACAGUGAAUACAGACAUUACGAUAAGAGAUUUUAUUGCAUGUUUUGCGAAAAGGCUCAAAUAAAACUAAAAAAAAACAUUUGCUUUUGCAGCAUAAAGAUGGGCAAGAUGUGAAAGAUCUAUUAAAUACGGAAAAUUCAGCAGAAAAUAAAAAAAUGUAUGAAAAAAUAAGGAACGUAGGGAACCAUCUCCAUAAUGUUAAAGUAUUGCGAGAUGGCCAAGGACAGCUGUUUGUGUCAUACAGACAAAGUCACAAUCAACGCGUAGCUGCAGACGAGUAUGGACCUUGUCCUUACUGUUACGGGUAUUACCCGAAGAAAAUCCUGUGGAGGCACACUCAAAAAUGUAAGUUUACAAUGCGGCGGGAUCAAGAAAACGACUCGCUUUAGAGAGCAGCCUGCUAUUACCA